AUGGGUUUUGUAGGAGCAUCCACUACUACCUCACUGCACUCUCCACUUCUAUACCCAUUUCUCUUCCCUUCUUCUUCUCGUCGUCAUCGAACUCGUUCUUCUCCUGUUGUAUGUUGCUCUCGCCAUCACCACGAUCCAAUAUGCAACAAAAGGACAUUCCUUUUCAUGGGUGUCGUCGCUGUUCUUCCCUUUCUUCAAUUCGACACUGCCCCUGCUCUUGAAGGAAUCAUUCCAUCCCCAAUCUUCGUCUUCAUUUCAUCUCGUGUUCGUAGACAACGUCUCCCUUCAUCUCGGGACACUGUUCGCAGUCGACGUCUUCGCUCUAUUCGCAGACAACGUAUGCUUUCUGACGAUGUCCCGUUGCCUACUUUUAGUAUCAAUGUCCCCCUCUCAGACGUUGUCUCUUCCUCAUCUGUAUCUUCAUCUGCUUCUGUAAAUUCAGUUUCAGAAGAAAGUGAGGUGAAGAUACCAGAGGAUAAAAAGCAAGCAGAGACAGCACCUGAAAUGCAGAAACCAUCAAAUUCCAUUGUGUCUCUUCUGAAUGGAAUUGGAAUUGUAUCUUCUGGUCUGUUGGGUGCUCUCUAUGCACUCUCUCAGAGAGAAAAGUCUGCUGCUGUGGCAACAAUAGAAACAAUGAACAACAAACUGAAGGAAAAAGAAGAGCAAAUUGUUUCGUUGAAGAGGAAUUACGAAUUGAAGUUAUCAAAUGAACAGGAGGAACAAGCCAAGCUACUAGGAAAGGCAAAAGAAGAGCAGAAUGCACUGAUCGACCAACUAAAUUCUGCAAAGAGUACCGUCACCAGUUUGGGAAAGGAGCUAAAAAGCGAGAAAAGUUUUAUUGUCGAGCUGAAACUUCAAAUGGACAGGCUUGCAACUGACCUUUCAAAAACCGAUACAGAUAAGAAAGACCUUGAAACUAAUUUGAAAGAAAAGAGUCUGAAUUCAUCUCUUGCAGAUAAAGAGUUGGAAUUGAGGAAUUUGAAUUCUACUUAUGAUCAAACCAAGGAUGAAUUAUCCAAUGCCCAUGUGCAUAUUCAAGGGCUGAAAGAUGAAAUACUGAAAAGCCAAGAGAAACUAGCAGAAAAGGAUUCCGUUGUGAUUGAACUAAAUUCGAGCGUUAGCUCCUUAACUCUUGAGAACGAUAACUUUAGAAGCGAAUACGAUGUAUUGGAGAAGGAAUUCAAUGACCUAAAGUUGACUUCUGAAAUGAAGGCUGCUUUGGAUGCUAAGGUUUUAAAAGAAAAGGAAGACGAGCUUCAUCAGCUAACAGAUAAACUUGAACUCGCCCUAUAUGAAUCAAGCAAAAACCAGGUACUCAUCGCUGAUUUGACCCAAGAACGAGAAAGUUUAAAGGAGUCGCUGCAGAAUGAAUCUAAAAAAGUGAAUAAUUUGAAGUAUGAACUUCAAGUCACUCUGGAGAAUCUUGAAAAUUCAAGAAAUGACUCUUCCGAACUGGAAAAACAGCUAAAUAAGUCAAAUAAUCUGUGCAAAGAGCUUGAGCUUCAAGUCUCUAACCUUUCAGCCGAGCUCCUCAAAGUUAAGGAGUCACAACAGCGUAAACUUGAUAAUUUGAAUCUCGAGGCGGAAAAACUAGCCAACGAGCUUAUGACUGUAAAGGAACAUUUGAAGAAAGCAGAAGCAGAGCUGCAGAAUACAUCCCAUGAGCUAACUGCCACUCUUGAAAACCGCGAUACCCUACAAAGAGAAUUAAUUGAGAUAUACAAAAAAGCUGAGGCCACAUCAGAGGAUUUGAAGGAAGAAAAGAAGUUAGUUACUUCUUUGAACAAAGAUUUACAAGCUUUGAAGAAGCAAGUCUUGAAGGACAAGGAGUCACUGAAAACUAUUGAAAUGGAUCUCGAGGAAGCUACCAAAUCACUAGAUGAAAUGAACCGAAAGUCGGUGAUCCUUUCUAAAGAGCUAGAAGGGUCUAAAUCUCUUAUUUCUAGCCUUGAAAAUGAGAAAGAGGUUCUUACCAAGUACCUUACAGAACAAAGAAAUGCAGGCAAAGAGGCUCAAGAAAACAUUGAAGAUGCUCAUAGCCUCAUCACUAGACUUGGCAAAGAAAGAGAGAGUUUAGAGAGCAGAGGGAAGAAAUUGGAAGACGAAUUGGCUUCGGCCAAGGGUGAAAUAUUGCGGUUGAGAAGUCAAAUCAAUACUUCAAAGUCAAAAGCUGUUGUUAACAACGAGCAGCGAGUACAAAAAGAUGAAGGCGAAACCCAAGAAGCCACUGUAAGUGUGCGGAAGAAUGUUCGAAGAAGAAAGAUUAACCCUUCGUAA